UUAGUUCCUGCAAGAGACGAUUGUCUUUCAGUCUUGUUCAUUUCAGGGAAAUGAGAACGGAGGAGUUGUUUGACGAAGCGGAGAAACUGGAGAGGUUGGGAAAGAGGGAUGAGGCAUUACAAUUUUACACACAGUUUAUUGAAGAUGCAUCGAUAAGGUUGAAAAACCUCAAUGACCAAAAUGAAAGGAGCGCACUUCAGAAAAAGCUUGGACUUGCUUACAACAAUCGUGGAUUUAUCCUGUACCAGAAAGUGGAUUUUGAUGAAGCGAUUAAUGACUAUACAAGAGGUCUAGGCUGUGACCAACAUAUGUCCUUCACCUUCUACAACCGUGGGCUUAUACACUACCGACUUGGGAGGUUUGAUGAAGCAAUCAGUGACAUGAAGCAAGCCCUGUCUAUUGAUCCGGAGUUUGAGUCAGCACAGAUCUGUCUCAAACAGUCAAUGGACGAUCUCAACAAGAGAAAGACAAACAUCCACACCUGAUGGUAACUCGACCUGCAGCUAAAGGGAGAUAACUGGUCAGACUGAAGGGAGAUAACUGUCUUGAUUGUUGAAUGUGCCAAGAUGUCAUUUUCAAUUGAUCAACAUUGUGUUAAGUUUACAGAAGUUGUGAAAAACAAACAGCUGGACAAUUUCUGUUUCUCAGAGAUGGGGUUCAUUCAUGAAGAUCUGUUACAGGGAAAAUGACCUUUUGGAUUUUUUUAAGAAUAGGCCAGAAAUGGAUCUAUUUGGCUAAAGAUGUCAGCCAACAGAUUUAUUGUAGGUCCAGAAACAUUUUGACCUUUUCCCCAGGAACAGCUCAUGCUGAACACGAAAAA